GACAUAAUUACAAAUGUAGCAAAAUUGAUGAGUUUCAAAUUCUGUGUUUCAAAUUUUCAAAUUUUGUAUUGUGAAAUAGCCAACUAUGGAAAAUCCAAGUGAAGCAGAUAAGAAAACGGAAGACGAAAAACUAGAAGAAAAAUUUCAUCCAUUUAUUCAACGCGAUCGAAAAUGGCCGGAUCCCGUAAAGAUUCAAAAGAAAAGGGAUAGAAUUGUGAUUAAUAAAAAACCGUUAGAAGUCAUUCCAGAAAAGCAUAGUAUCGUUAGUGCUAAAAUUAUUCCGUCGGUGGGGACUCGCUUAGAUCUUCAAUAUGUUACCCAGCCAUUAUAUGAAGAAGGACAACCGAGACCAAAGUACGUUGUUCGAAAAACAAAAAAGCAGAAAGAGUAUAUGGAGAAACACCGAGCGUACACUUACAAAAAGUUUUGUAAAUAUGAAACCGUUAAGAUAGCCGAACCCAUUCCUUCGAGAAAGCUUGCCAAACAAUUUAAUAUUCCGUCACCCGAAGUGUCUCAAGCAAAAGUCACCCCAAGGCGGGUUACACCGACAUCAAGUUGGUUGUACCCCGAUCCACAAACAAGUGAAGAACUUCGAUUAAAGAGUCCGAAGAGUGGAAUUUUUAUUAAUGAAUCCGAGGAUCAAGAAGAACGAGAACUCGCCUUUUACGACAGUUUCGAUUUAGUGUAUAGAAGACUACCUAGGCCAGAUAUCCCAGGUGAGAGAAAACGCGAGAAGAAAGAAAAAAAGAAAGUUUCCAAGAAAGGGGGAAAAAAGAGGAAAAUGCAGAAACCAAAAGAAAAAAAAGGAUUGGCGCCUGAAACAGAAUAUAUGGAUGAUGUAGAGAAAGAAAUGGAAAGGGAUUUAAAAUAUGGAAAUUUUGGGGAAGGAGAUGCAGGUCCAGUGGAUUAUUUAACAAAGCAAUUUCGUCGCAAAGUAUCCGUGAUGUCUCAGUCUACUUCGUACCAAACAAAGGACUACUUUUCAGAAACAGAGUUACUCACAGAACCGUUUACCGCUCACAAGUACGCACAAAAAUUUAGAAGAGAAUCGGAGAUCAAACGGUACGAACCGAAGAGGAGGAAAUUUAGACGAGGAACAUUGGAAAGUCAUUCGUUUACAAAUAUUUACCAACCUGUACUCAAAGAUUUUUAUUUUGGAUCAAGGCAGGGAACUAUGCAUCAAGGAGACGAGCAUUUGCCAGAAAAUGCUCGUAACAUGCAGGGACUUUGCAUUCCCGUCGCUGCCUAUUGUUUCUCGUUUUUAAAGCAUCCAAACAAGUGGACAGCAGAAAUGAUUGACGAAAUCUUGGAUGUUGGCAGUACGUUAUAUUUAUCGAGCUUGAGCCAGCUUCACUAUCACAAAUUUGGAAAGGAAUUAAAGCCGGAAGAUUUGGCAAAAUAUUGUUUAAUUAGAGAAAAAAAGGUAAAGUUUACUGUUGAAGAUCCCGAAGUAUCUGGCUUAAUAAAAUCUUCAGACAAGACCGUCUUUAAUUUGACGAAAGCUCUCAAUGUGUUCUUUGCUCGACAAAAGGCUGGAAUUCUCCAAACCCAGGAUACAAAUCUCAUUAUCUGGAAAGAUAAAUACUUUUAUUUUUUCGAUGGCAAACCUAGAACUAAAGAUUUGCACUAUUCCCCAAAUGGUACAGCUCUAAUGGCAACGCUCUAUGAUAUAUCUGCUAUAGUAACUAUUCUCUUGCAAAGGUCCGGUUUGCAAAAUUGGCCCUUCGUGAUUUACCCCAUUAAGGUUUACAAGAUUCUUGGAAAAGAUGACGAGGAUGAUGAAGACAAACACCUUGGAAUGGAGGCUCGUAGCAACUACAACAUAUUGAACGAAAGUAAGGCCGUUCUUUUGGGAUCGUACGAUUUAGGAGAUAAGUGUUUUGGUUUCACUAGAAACAAACAGAGUCUACCUAUGGCAGUGGUUUGUCUGGUUUAUUCGAGGAUUACACCUCCUAGUGCCUGGCAUAAGCAAACCGUGGAAAAAAUAAUGACAAUUGGUAACCAGCUAUACGUUGAAUGCAUGCAGUGCGAAUCCAUAAAGGAAAUGGCGUUAAAUGUAAUCCCGGCAUUUUUUACAGUUGGACCUUAUAUUGUUGAAAUCUAUAUCUAUACAAACCGAUUAGUCGAUGUGAUGUAUGAGAAAUGCAAUUGCCAGCUGAAAUGCUCCUUCGAAGAAUUUUUUCAAACUAAUACUAAUGCCUUGCUGCAAAUUGGUCCUGCAUUUUUGGCGGUUUGGAGGCAGCGAAAUAUGUUCUUCUGCUUCGAUCCAUAUUCCAGAGGAAUGGAAGGAUAUUCAUGUAGAGAUGGAUAUGCUUGCGUGUCGAUGCAUGCUAAUUUAGAAUCAUUGGUAGAUGUAAUUACCCAUAAUUUUGAAAAUAAGGAUUCAGUAUUUAAUCUACAUGCUUUAAAAGUCUGCAAAAUACACAGAGAUCCGGUACAAUCUGAACGAUUUCCAAAACAUAUCCCUCUAGACGAAUUUCCUGCUGAUGAGUUCAAAAUUUUCAAAAUGAGGAAAAGUAGAAAACCGGCUACAGAAAAACCUGUUACUGUUGACUAUUCUGCCUUGGCGAUGAGGAGCCUGUUGAUGGGAGAAACGCCAGAUCCUUCUGUUUUUGAAAUAGGUUCUACUGUGGAAAGUUUAGGUUUGGAACAGAUUCCACCGUUAUUGCAUCCUGGCAAAACUCUUCCGUACCAUUUAUUACAGAAUAAGCCUAAUAUAUCAAGAGAUGUUAUAGCUGAUUUAGAUUCACCUAGUUUGUCAGAUACACAGAUUGUACCACCCAGACCGUCACAAGGAAAAGAGGCCGCGACAGUACCUUUUAUGGAUUUGGAUUCAUUUGAACUGACUCAAGAAGAAAUCGAGCUAGAAGAGAUGGCAAUAGAAGGAUCACCAGAUAAAUAUGAAGGAAUGGAAGAAUUCGAAAAGGAAUACGAACUAGAAGGUGACAUGGAACAAGAAAUGGAAGACCAGGGAGGUGAAGAUUUUUAUUAUACAGAGGACAGAGAUGCACAAGUUAGAACAGAAUCAUUAUUACCAGUUGUAACGUCUGGAGAAAUGAAUACAGAGCUAACAUUCUUCUCAAUAAAGAAAGAAGUUUUGUACCCCACUCUUUUAAGAGGAAAGCAGCGAAUGAAAACUAGACCCUUUAAAAGCGAAAACAAGUGGGAAGAUCUAUUCGUACCUCUAGUACCAGAUGUGACCAAAUCUGAAGAACUGCGCAAGGAAACCAACUUUGUCAAUUUACCCGACGACACUCAAAUUAUCAGAGGAACUAAGAACAUCGCAGAUUUUGGGGAAGAAACAGAGUUUAUGGCUCCGUUUAUUUGCGUCAUGGCGGAUGUGGUAGCUAAAAAGUAUUCAAUCUUAUCCUGGAACUCCGAUAUAGUGGAUUAUGUUCUCAAAUGCGGGACAGAGCUUUAUAAAGCUUCUAAAUUCAGAUACGAUCAAGUAUCAAAAUUAGAAAUCCCCCAAAUAUCUCUUGGAAAAAUGAAGUACGCUUGUCUAGUGGAAUACGUAUUCGAUUCUUACACCAGAGAAAAUAUAUUAGAAUUGGCAAUUGGUAAAAUUUUAUUUGUUAGAUCUGACAUGGGCGUUCUUGUUACACCUACCUACGCGUGUGCAUUGAUCUAUAAGAAUCACUUGUAUUAUAUGUACGACGGUUUUGGAAAUAACGAGGUUGGCUUAAGCGAAGGUUUAUCUGAUGACGGCACCGCUUGUUUUUCUAGAUUUAAGGAUAUACAUGCUCUUGUAACUAGAAUAAUGUAUAAUAAACGGAAGCGAGAGAGUCUCGAAGAAGUUGUGUAUACCAGAUUUGUCUUAAGUUUAGUGAAAGUAAAGAGACUUCAUCCGUCAGAGGAAAGAUUGGCUAAAGAUAAAGAAGAACCUCAGAGACAAAUCUCAAGACAAAUCUCAAAACAAAUCUCAAGAAAAUCUCUGAAACAAAAGUCAAAAACAAAUAAAAGUGAUUGGUGGGGGCCCGUCAAAUCGGAGGAGGAACAGAUUGCAGCUCAAAGUGGCGAGGAUGAAAUACACGGUAAUCUGCACGGUGAAAAAUCUCAAGCUUCAGAUGAAGAUGAUGAUAAACCUGAUGCUGAAAAUAAAGUUGGAUAUCGAUAUGAAAAUGGCUAUUACGUUAUAAAAGGCACUAGAGCAAUGGAAUCGUCUGGAGAUGAUGCAAAUGAUGAGGCUGCGCGUGCUGGAACAGCUGAGCUUACGGAAGAUCAUUUUUGCUGCAUUUGUGCCUGCUUAAUGUUACUCUCGUGCCCAGUCGAAAAAUGGGACACCAAAAAAAUUGACGAAGUUUUGGAUCAUGGAGCUCAUAUUUAUUCUCACGCAGAUGACCUGGAAAUGUCCGACAAACGCACCAUUAAGAAUAUACUGAUACAGAAAAACUUUUUCGAUAUCAUUGUAAAAAAAGUUAAAAUAGAAAAUUGGAAGGAUAACAAGAAUUUAAGUACUGGCAUCGAUACCUUAUUGCGAAAGAAAAUGGCCUACUUUUUAAUACAGUUUCCCGACAAAUGCUACGUAGUGCAUAAAUCUGCAACAGACGAAACAUUUCACAUUUUCUUCCCAUGCAACCUUCCAAAGAAAAGUAGCAAAGAUGAAAAAAAUGCAGAGGGUAGCAGUGAGAAUGUUGCUGGAUGGUUAAAAUGUAAAACUCUGAAGCAAGCUAAGAAGCGACUAAAAGAAAUAACGAAGAAAGGAUCAGGAAGUUAUGAUUUCUAUACCUUCCAAGUGACAUCGAUUAGAAAAGCACCGAAAGAUAUGUUAAUUAACUAUAGAUUAAAUCAACAUGAAAUGGCGAAGCGAAGAAAGUCUGAGAAGUUUGGCAAACCAUUCUACGAAGAUGCCAAAUGGCUUCUAGCAGAUCCUAUUCCUUGGUCUAGAGCAGUGAAUAAAUCACCUGCAGGUCAUGAGAGAGGAACUAUUAGUAAUUUGUGGCACAAUUGGGAUAUCGAAUACGACAAAGAUCUGUAUUCUUUGGUUGGAACUAUUAAUCAGGAAUCGGAGAGUUUUCCGGAAGAGUCCCGUGGAAAACAGACGCUCUGCAGUUUGGUUAUUUGUGUUGGUAUGUUGUACAUAUACGAUUUCACAGAAUGGAAUACCGCGGUUGUGGAUUCGAUUAUAACAAAUGCUGACGCCUAUUUUCAAGAAUGUGUGGCUGAUAUUAAAAAUAAAGAUUAUGAGUUAUCUUUUGACGAUCUGAACGAAGACUAUAAAAUAUUCCCGUUCGCCUUCAAAGUAGCUUUCAGGCCAGUAGUAGAAGGAACAAUGUUCUUGGUCAGAAAUACGCAGUUCAAUUUAUAUAAAGCACUGAGAUUGUUCUUCGAUCAUUAUGACAGAAGAGCGGGAGUGAUUUACUGUACUAAAUCUGAGACAAAUAAAAAGCAAAUUGCGUUUGGCAAGACCCAGAGACACGAAUAUUUCAUGUUUGAAGCUGACCCGCGAGGUGGCACUAUGUUCUUGGAAGGAACGGAGAAGGCUUACAUAUUAAGAGCGACCAGCCUCAACCGACUGCUUCAUGUACUAACUCUAACUUUGAGAGGGGGAGAUUUCUAUAUUUAUGAAGUGGACAUUACUGAGAUGAAUUCAAUUCCAAUGGAAGACGACGCAUAGACCCUAUUGAAAUAAAUGCAAUUUAAAAUUUCUGUAUGUAAAUAUUUCAAUACAGUUUAUCUUUUUUAGA